AAGGAAUUCCUCAACCAAUAUGGGUACAUAUCACACACGAGAAGCGGCAACCACGAUGUACCCACCGCCAUCAGAAAUUUCCAGGAGUAUUUUGGCCUUCCAGCCAGUGGUAAACUCGAUGACUCGACAAUUAGACUCAUGAAGAAACCGCGCUGUGGAAUGCCUGAUCCAACUGGAGAAUCUCGAAAGCGAAGAUAUGUCACCAGAAGCAAAUGGUACAAGACUGAGUUAACGUAUUACGUACAACCUGGCCUGGAUCUACCAGCGGUAAAUAAAAUCUACUUGGGGCGGGGUUACAUUUACCAUCAGAUCAUAGAAAUAACUAAACAAAGCCAUGCAACGAGAAUCUUGAGCGAAAUUUAGUGUAGAAAGUAAUACGAGAUUGCAUUAGAUUUGCUUAAGUUUGCAUUUUGAUUGAUCGAGAAAACUUUCACCCUUCUAUGGGUCCUCAUACGCUCCUUGUGAUGUUCCUUUUCUUCUGAUUGGCUUUUGUGAUUCUUUUGGUUGGUCUGGCAUUACGACAUUCAUUGGAAGGCGUUUUAUGACAGUGAGUUAUUACUUACCCUUAAAAAAAAGCAAAAAGCGGCAUCAGCCAAGGAGAAAUAAAAGCAAACAGAAAAUAAUACACAAACAUAAAAAACCCCGAAGAACACAAAGAGAGGCAAGUACAAACAGAAAUUAGAAAAAGACAUGGCUUAUGCAGAAUAUUUUGGAAGAAAAUGCAACAAAACAUUAUUUGAAUUCAUGACUUUGAAAAAGAGUGAAUUAUCCCGACACCCUCUCGUAAAUGUGCUACCUCGUUUCUCUCUUAACCUUUUUGAAUGUUCCCACAAUUCUCUGCGAUCAAUUUAUGCCUAUCAAAGGAGUAUACAGCCAGCAGCUUUUUCGAACAAGCCUGUUCCGUUUUGGAAUAUUUUUUAAAAAUCCUGUAAUUCUUAUGAAUUCAAAACAACUCAUAGAAAUCUAACUCUUUGCUCAGGAACAACAAAAAGAGAUAUUUGCUAAGGCACUGCAGUACUGGGCUGACGUUUCCAAGUUAUCAUUCAGAUCAGUUGAAAGUCCCAGUGAAGCUGACAUCAAAAUAAGGUAAUCUAGACACGAGUUUAGCUGAUUAUAGAUUAGUUAGAUAUGACUGUGAUUUAUCUGAUGGAUCACCUCCAUGUAAUUAAGAUAAGAAGAACUUCACUACUCAACCAAAAUACAUGUGCGCGAAUGGUGUAUGUUAUAAUCUUUUUCAGCCAAUCCAGAGAAAAAUGGACUAUUUUUCGGCUCUAAGAUAUGCGUUUACCAAGUAGUGAAGAAAUGAAACCGCAUUGCAGACGAAGCCUACCAAAAUCGCUUAUAGGAAAUGAAUUUGCCAAAGAAGUUGUAGUCUACGAAUGACGAAAUUAGAAAUCGUUGAUAAUUUUUCUUGAAAUAGCUUUGGAACGUACAGCCAUAAUGGUACAAAUGGAGAGAGAAUAUGCCCCUAUCCGUUCAGAGGCGCUGGAGGUGUGUUGGCGCAUGCCUAUUACCCUCGAGAUGGUCGAGCCCAUUUUGACGAGGAUGAAACUUACACACACGACACUAAAUAUGGCGUCAAUCUUCUGUGGGUGGCGACGCACGAAUUUGGACAUUCCCUUGGCCUUGACCACACAAAUGUCCGGGGUGCGAUCAUGUAUCCCUUCUACACAGGCUAUGUACCAGAUAUGAAGCUUCAUUCAGACGACAUUGCAGGGAUACAAUAUCUAUACGGUAAGAAUUAUGAUCACUAGCGCUUUCAUACUCGAAAUAAUUUUUCUGAUAUUGGCUGAUGUGCGCUUGAAUUGUUCUAUUUUCCAAUAGUAAUGAGCAGGGAUUUUCAACAUUAGCUAUUCAUCGUAAACUAUUUUUCUCUUAUGGUCAGAAUAGAAGUGCACCCACGAAAAGUAAUAAUCACACUUUAUAUGAUAGUAAUAAUAACAAUAAUAAUUAGAGUUUUUAAGAACGAAUUCUACAUAUAAAUGUCUCGAUGCUUUUUACAACUAAAAGAAAGAGCUCUCACGAAAAAGGUACGUUUUCAAUGCCCUUUUAAAACUAUCAACAGAGUUACUUUGUCUAAUGAUAACAAAAAUAAUAAAUGUGAUAUUCGAUGAUGAUGUUAAUAGUAAUUACUUUAAAUUCAUAAUAUAUUAUGAUUUAUGGCAUUACAUAAAUCUCAAUGCUUUUCAAGUGUAACCAGUUCCCUAUCGACAUGUACAGAUAGAAAACAUCAAGUAUGUAUGUCUACAACUUAUACAAGAUCCAAUUACAGUGGAUUAAAUAUAAUUUCUAUGGGUGUGAUCAAGGUUAUCAUGAACCUCUGAGACUAAACCUAUUAAACAAGGAGGUAUUUCCAAAAUAAAUGGGUCUUUAGUGAGGAUUUUAAAAUUUUCAAUGACUGAGAGUGCCAAAUGUUAAUUCUCAAUAUUGACGAUUAUAACGAUGUUUUUGAUGUUGAUAACACUGAUGAUGGUUGUGAUUACGAUAAUUCAUUUCAAGAAACCUUUUUAUUUUGAAACUGAAAUUUCUAAAGUGGUCGCUGUCAUGAUCAUCGUGCUUUUAAAAACAAGCUAUAGUAUUUCAAGAUACAAGUUUUGUAGUUUGAUUCUUAAACGCUUCACUGAGUUGUGUUCGUUACAGGUUCAAACGAUGGUACUGAUGCUGGAGGUGGCGGCCAGACCCCUGCUCCACCUUGUAAGUUAUGAUAACUAAAGAGCUAUUUGUUAAAUUCUCAACUUCGGAUAUCGCAUUUAUAGAAUUGUGAUUGGUUCAUGUAGUACGGGUUAUCAAAUCGUAUACAGUCUUACCUACUAAAGAAAUCACCCCUCCAGAUGUCAGUCACUAAGCUGAAUUUCUUUUUCCGUUUGAGACGAACGAUUGAUUGAAAGUAAAACAAAUACCAGUCAUUCGAUAACAUUCCGGACGUAAUGAUAAAACCCACGAAGUGUAGCAUAUAUAUGAUGCUAUCUAAUGGUACCUAUCUUUUAAGCAUGGCCUAUAUGUCCAAGAUAUUGCUCCUGAAAAAAAUGUUUCACAUUCUCAAAUAAAUUAUAACAACAGCAUAAAUAAGAGCCAGUUACCUUCAAAAUUUAAGGAUGAUUUGCAAAUCGUAACAGAAGGAGGACUUCAAAAUAUAUUGGACUUUUUCCACGAGAGAUCAGAGCCCAAACUCUGUUUUGAAAUUUCUGCGCUUUGCAAGGACCCUUUUUUUCCAAAGUUUCCUUUGUGAUAUCCACACCAACAGACAUAGUGCUGGUUUUUUGCGUUCGAUUUCACACUGCAAAAAAUUUUUGUACACAGAGCUUCUCGAAGAGCUUGAGGACUUGACAUCUCAGAAAAAUAAAAAAACUAAAACUGAAAGCAUGUCUCACUAAGUUUGUAAAGCUGAGAGCGAUAAAUUAAGUUAAAAAUAUUUAAACUAAAGCUUUUCUUCAUCCCAUCCUUCACUCAGUUUCACUCAACAAAACAUUUGUGUAGCUGUAUACAAAAUUUACGUUUGACAAUGCGGUAGAACUCAAACAUACUCCUUGUCUCGAAAAUAUCUUACCUCGUGCCCUUGCGCUUUUGUAGAAAGUGUUGUAUUUUGUGUAAACAUUCUUGUGCGGCUUUGUAAUUUGUUAGAGAUCAUAUGAAUUUUACAUAGUGAACACGAUGAGUGCAUAUGAUACGACCAUGAAAGUUUGAUCCACUUUAUUUCCAGCAGAUAUAAACAUAGUCUGCGUAAUACCUGGGGAGGUUAAUGACAAAAUUAAUUACAAAAGUCAAGAAACUCCUGUUUAAAGUACCGCAAGGAAGUUACUGAUAAAUAGUUAAUUAGAUUGGCUAAUCCUUGUUAAUUCAAAUUAUCAUUGAUUUUUUUUAAUACCUUAUUUUUUGUCAAUGAAGCUGACUGCGAUGAUAGGUUGGCGUCAUCUUGCCAACCAUAUGUUGAGGCUGGUUAUUGCGACGCUUACCCUUCCAAUAUGAAGUACUGGUGCGAGAAGUCGUGUUCUAAAUGUGAGUUCUGAUUGCUUAAUCAGUCGUUUAAGAAACUCCCUUGCAUUUACGAGGAAAAUAGAGCUUUCAUUUUUGUUGACCUUUCUGUACUUGCAUUUUACAUUCUUCUGGAUUUUAAUACACUUCUUCAACCAAUGCAUUAGCGGUAGUAUCCGCACAGUGCAGAUAGUGCCCGUUAAAGUUAAAACAAAGAAGAAAAAAAAGAAGGGAAAAUUUGCUUAGGGUGAACUCCUGGACUUCAGUUUUGAAGACAAUCACUAGCCGACCUGUUAAGUGAUAAAUUAAAUACGGUACUACCCACUCGAAACAUGAUUUACGCGCAAUAUGAUUUGUUCUGAGAAUGCAUCAAUAUCGGAUUGGCAAAUGAAAUUUAAAGAGAAUUUGGACAUUGUGGUCUGUCCUCAGUCUCAUUCUUUUCCUUUCUUUCAUUGCAGGUCAGUGACAUGUCUAGGCAGUGAAAUCAAAGAUUUUACCGAUAUUCCCAGCCUUUGUUUGUCAUUAUGUCUGAAGUAACUUAGCAAUGAAUUACGAAAUAAAGUUUGGCAUCGUAAAUAAUUUGGUAGUGUGCGACCUUAUUUAUUAACGGGGCUUGUCUAAAUGUUCAAGAUGCAAAGGUCACAGAAGGCAAUCUUUCGCGUUCACAAUGACAGGAUUUUAAUUGGACAUACUUAUUAGGUGCUUUUUUAGUCAGCUACUUAAUUCGUUUUCACAAAAAAGCACCAUUCGGUCGCAUUUCUAUUAUUUAGAGCAAACUUCAAGCCAUAAGUCACUUCCUUUUGACGUUUUAGUUUUAGUCUACGUAAAGGCCUUUUCUGUUCUUUUUUUUCAAGAAGAGAGAGCCGUGCAAAGUUAACAGUCACAUGGCUCUCGCCUCUACAUGGCUCUCACUUGCUUCUCGCUUUUGACUCUUUUCUAAGUGAUAAGCAUGUACUUUCUUCAAAAAUUAUCACUCCUGAAUCACACAUUAAGGUCACGAGAAUAAAAGAAAUGAUCACGAACUAAAAAAGCUCUCAGUUGCUAAACAAAUUCUCCUUGUCAGCACUUACAGAAUUGUAGAGAGAACAGUAUGGAGAAUUGCAUAUUGAUAUGAGGGUGUAAAAGAUUAAAAGAAUGGUAUCCCUCCGAGGUUUCUGAUUUCUAUUUUACUUUUCGAGAAGAAUACAUAGAAAAAAGGCUGAACUUCAGAAGACUUGUGGCGCAGACAAGUUUAAUCUCUACAGAAAAACAGCAAAGAUUUUUUACUUACGGCUAAUGCAAACUGUUCCUUUUUUGUGCAUAAACAGCUGAAAACAGGAGAAAAGAAGUUUCAUUGUUGCUGUCUGCUGUUUGCCACAAGCGUCAUUCUGAACCUCCUAAAUUUUAUUUAGACAGUUACUCGCUCUCAUUAUUUUAAUACGCAAUUCAAGACAAUAGCGCUUCAUUCAUUUCUACAAAAAGCUGAAAUUAGGUUUGUACAAGGCUUGAAACAUAAAACACUCAGGGAACACUUCGAAGCAAAGCAAUCCAUGUGAACAUGCAGUUGUAUUAGAAGCUCACCUGACCUGAGUGUUUUUUUUUUCAUAACAUGGUUCGUACAGCAUUGACUAGCGUUAACACUUAUCAGUGAACAGCUUCCCUUCGUGAACCAAGAUCACUGGGAGAAUUGUGUGUUGGCUCUGUUAAGAGCGUGAUAAACGAAUAUCUUUGUGGGACCAGUCAUUAUGAAACGCCGGAAGGGGAGGGGUGAAGGGGUUGAAGGAUUUUCAGGUUGUGUCACGAAAAAACUCAUAUGAUUCCCCUAAAGACUGGCAAAUUAAGCGCGAAAAAAACUAAAUUACGAAGUCAGAGUCGGUGUCGUUUUUUCAAAUGGUCGAUGAUCAGCAGAUCAGCAGAUGAGAGCUCGAUUUUUGAGCGCAUUUUCUGAGCAACAGAUCCCGGUGCGUAGGCAGCACACUGAAUAUAAUCGCUUAUAUCUCAAGUUAAAUUUGAACACUCUACCGAAAAUCAUUUAUUACUGAUCCUGAUUACUCAUAACAGAUAUUGGUGACCUUUAGCUACGCUUUUACAUCCAUAUGCAGCAAAAGCAACAAUGGAACGCUGAUGAAUUUUGUUUUCGUGUAGAAAACUAGCAUACAAUCUCUUGUCCAAAACUAUAGCAAGUGUUUACGUCUAACAACGCAAACAGCAGAAAACAGAUGACAGGAAGUUUAAAUGUUGCUUUUUGCCAUGUGCCGCAGACGUAAAAAAUAUAAAUGCUCUCUAUUAUUAUUUUGAGUGACUUGCUGUCAAAUCUUCAUGAGCAAACAUCGUUAUUAGUUAAGCUGCAGAAACAUUUCGCAGAACGAGGAACUGAUUACAUACUCAUAAACAAUAGUUUCGCAUUUAUGCCAAUAGAAAGCUCAGGGAAAGUUUGAAGAAGACCUGGAAAACGAGAACCUCAGAAAAACCCAAAACAAAAACAUCCAUUUAAACAUUUGUAUGAACAGGUCAUCUAAACAUUAGUUCUUUGAUAACCUAACACAACAGACUAUGGAAUUUGUUUCUAUAGGUCUUAAAAUUAACAAAAAAAUUAUUUGCUGAACAGUCAAAACAUUUUCCAGGUAGUAUUUGUUUCUAUUGUCUCGUUAGUGAGACAUCUGCCCCAGAUAAAGAUACUUAAACCACAUUUCAGAAGGCUCAAUUCUGUUGGAAGCCUUCCACAGACUUUUCACGAAAAUGUUGCAUUUGGCAUUAUUUCUGCCUUUUCUCGUCAAUUUUGUUACUUGUGAAGAUGACCAAACUAUAGCCUUGGUAUGUAGACAUAAAGAUUCAUUUUCUUGGUAUGAAAUGACUCGUUUGUCGAUAGCGCAAAUGAGCGAAAAAAGAAACGUGAAGGAAUCCUUGCAAACUUGGCGUAAAAUGUUUCAAUAUAGGCUUACAUUUGAGUAUCACUUACUGUCAUUACACGCCUCCUUUAAAAGUUGGAAGGGCUUAUUACCAUGCAAUACUAAUGAUUCGAAGCCCUUAAAAAUGGGGUAAAUAUCCUUCUUAAUGACUGUUUCUAACUUUUUCGUUGGGUAUGAAAAGGGUAUUUUUUUUUGUUCUAAAGUGGUGCUUCAAAUCAAGUGUUUUUACUUUAAUUAGCAGGCUUGACGCAGUCUUGAAAUCUUUUAUUUUAAAUUUGCCCCGUGUACUCUUGCUCAAAUACGAGGAGAGGAGAUUCCUGAAAGAUGUCUGCAAAUUUCAAAACCUACUGUAAAUUUGAUUUUUUGAUGAAAGAGGUCUUCUCUUUCUCUUUUUCAAAAAGGUGUAAAAGAGAUUUGAUCGUACAGUCUUGACACCCAUAAUUGACCAUAAUCAAACAACCCAUGAAGUUUCAUACACCUCACUUAACUUUGAUCCUUUUUUAGCAUCUAAAUAUUCUGAUUAAAAAAAAAACAUUGUAUUUGCGUGACAUUUCGUCCAAGAUAGGGGAAAAAUUGGAUAGUUUUUCAGUUAUGUCAAAAGGAAGAAACAUCACUGUCGUUACACAUAACGCCUGCAUAUUUCCACUUUCCCUGGUCAAAGUCGUAAAGCGUAAAUUUUUCACAUUCAAGAUUAAGAACUACAUUUGUACAGAGUAAUUACUUUAACCCACUUUCAUAUUCUAGAAAUUUCUAGGCCAUUAUGGAUACAUCUCAUCCUCACGAAGCGGUAACCACGAUGUAGCGACCGCUAUCCGAGGGUUUCAGAAAUUCUAUGGUCUCCCAGUGAAUGGCGAGCUCGAUGAAGCAACAGUUAGUCUCAUGAAGAAGCCUCGAUGUGGUAUGGCAGACCCUGUUGAGGACGGCAGACGCGUGCGAAGGUACGCUACUAAUGGAGAGUGGAGAAAGAAUCAUUUGACUUAUUUUGUGCAGCAUGGCUACGAUCUGCCUAAUGUAAGUAGCAACCCACUACACCCUAAUAUCAAUAUGCAGAUUCUCCAUUCUAUUCUCUACACAUUUCCUUUGGUACUAAGUAAAUUUUUUUAACAUAAAAAGCUUCUUGAGUCGGCGUUCAUUUCCUUUUUCUUCCAAUCUAAAUAUUUAAUAAAGGAGCAAAAGUGAAAAGACAUGAGAAACUAGACGCUAGUCACUCGAAGGGGGGUGGAAGAGGUGAAAGGUUUCAUGAAAAUGCUAUUGCACGAUAACUAUGUUUUUACAGUGCUUUUUAAGGGAAUGUAAUUUCAGAGAACUACCUGUACCCACGAAAUUAAUCCUUUUUUCUUUUGUAUAUAUGAAUAGGCUUGUGCUUCACGUAUGACAAGAUUUCCUCCUUCUCCCCCUUAGGAUCAACAAACGGUCAUAUUUGGUCAAGCAUUUAAGUUCUGGGCUGAUGUGUCCGGAUUGUCAUUUAGCGAGGUCAUGGAUGCCAACAGCGCAGACAUCAAGAUAAGGUACAUCGAUUUACGCCGUUAAUGUUAAGAAAGAGUCAUGGGAUGAGCAAACCACAGGUACAACUGUAAGCCUCAGGCUGAGUUAAGAAAGCUGAUUUCAUGUUUAGCUUAGAAUGUUUUAUUCACACGAUCACUGUUUAGUAAAGACUAUUAGCGUACACGAGAAAACAGACAUUCACAUGCAAAUAAAUACGGAAACAUUGAAAGAGGAAAAAAGCUGCGCUAUUCGCAUAGAAGGAAUAAACUGUUUCAACCAUCAUUAAACUCCAAGGCAAGAGCAGAGAACAAAUUGGUUAACCUCAAUAACCAAAGACAGCUUUCUCUUCAAUAAACUCCUCCAUGCAAACAGGACACUUCUUUUACUUCAUAGUUUUGGACGGUACAGUCACGGGGGGACUGCUGUGGAACGGACUUGUCCUUAUCCCUUUGACGGAGCUGGAGGUACUUUAGCGCAUGCCUACUAUCCUUCUGACGGACGAGCUCAUUUUGAUGAGGAUGAAACGUUUACUCAUGACACAUCUAGUGGUACCAACCUUCUGUGGGUGGCAACCCACGAGUUUGGUCAUUCUUUAGGACUGGCUCACUCUAAUGUCCGUGGCGCUAUCAUGUACCCCUACUAUACAGGCUAUGUACCAAAUAUGCAGCUUCAUUCUGACGACAUUGCAAGGAUACAGUAUUUAUACGGUGAGUACAAAGCGAUUUUAGUUUUUAACAUUAUUCCAUGAUAGGGAUGUAGGAGAUCACUAUGCGGUGAGAAAGAUGGACGUUAUCGCUGCGUAUGGCUCAAUGAAACUGGUGUUAGCCAUUGCUAAAGAGUUCUCUACUGAGUAGUCCAGAAGCUAUGAUGGGUAAUUGGGUUAGCGUCUAUUCGAUAGUUAGUCGACAUACAUGUAAAAGCUCUGCUUAUUGGUGGAAAGCAUACAUGCUCGUCGGAUCCACUCAGAAGAGUCAUUUCCAUAUGUUGAUUUUCAUGUCAAGCUCAUAAUGGAUUUUAUUACUGGAUGUUAUUUCUUUGACCUGUUCGGGUGGCAAUUUGCGCAAAGUUUUAUAUUUUUGAAUGAUCAUAUGACUCGUCCGGCCUUCCCCGCGUGCGACUUUUUUGAUAAACAGUAGACAAAAGUCCUCGUAUGACGUCUAUACGUGAUGGCUUGAGCAGGGAGGCAGAGAGCCGUGCAGCGCUUUGAGAUGCAAGCUAAAAGAAGACGGGAUAAAACAAAGAGAGCGACUUAGUCAACGAGUACAUAAUAUUUGAUGGAUUGCUACAAAAUAUUGUGGCAGAAGUUUUCUUGGGAAGAUCUGCUCAGAUAAGUCAUAAAGUUUUAUGGUUGUCACAUUAACGAUUUCCCUUUUUGAAAUGUACGUGUGCUGUAGAAGGCCACCUUAAAACGCAUAGGUUUAGUUACACUGUCUUGAAAUUUUAUUGUCCUUUUCCUUUAAAACAGGCCCCAACACUGGCGGUGGUGGUGGAGUACAGACUCCUAUUCCUAGCCUUGCUCCCACUACUCCUACUCCCACAGAUUCAGGUAAGAGACUGUGCUUAGAAAAAAAAUGUCGUUUGGUGAUGUUAUUAAUGCACAGAAAUAGAGAAGUGUUAAAAACUUUCCAGGAUCUAUUGUAUGUGUUUAUAGAAGUAUUAAGAUCCUCAAGCAUACUUGUCCUAAACAGUAUUGAGAUAAUAGACUGUUCUUAAAAAAACAUAUUGUAAGUGAACAAUUCACUUUACAUGAUUGAAUUUGUGAUCAGAAAACCUGAAAGUCUUAAAUGUAUUGAAAUAGAGAAGUUUUAAAAUUAUUCAGGAUGUAUUGUGUGUGUUUACACAAGUGUUAAGGUCCUCUGGCAUAUCUGCAUUAACUAGUAUGGUGAGUAAGCUUAUCUAGUAAAUAUGCCCCUUUAGACGGUUGGUAUAUCCGCUGAUAAUUUCCGCGGCUGAGAUAUUGUCCGAGAAAUGAAUAUUUCGCUGAGAAGCCAAGCUUCGAAGGCAAAUUUGAAAUUUUGAAAACAAUCUCUCAGCCAAGAUCAGAGACCAGUUUAUUAAUGUCAUUACCAGUGGACUCUGCAAAAUGAGUUCGUUUUUCUUCCAUAUAACUUAAUAGAGAUGAAAAGUGAAACUCUCUAAUUAUUUAGUUUAUUAAUAAUGUUAAUUAAUAAUAAUUUAUUUAAUAAUAUAUUAAUAAUAUUUAUUUAUUUAAUCAUUUAGUUUAUCAAUGUCAUUGCCAAUGGACUCUGAAAAAUGAGUUCGUUUUUCUUUCAUAUAACCUAAAAAAGAUGAAAAGUGAAACUCUUGAGCUGACUUUUCUCACCGGCUUUGCUUAUUCUCGACAGAACUAAUCGAAGAACAAAUAUAAACGUAAAUGGGGAUAUUGCGUAAUCACUAUCCACUGAAUUUAAACCACGUGACGUAAAAUAGCCGAUAAAGUCGCGCGAAAAUUAAUGGGUGGGUUAUAACCAGAGAUAUUUACCGGUUCGGUUUGGAAUCAUAACUGAUGUCAAUUAUAUGAUGACAUACCAUGCAGGUACGUGCAGCGACAGAAUGGGAUGCAAACCUUAUGUGGAUGCUGAUUAUUGCCGAAUAUACCCCGAUAAUAUGAAGUACUGGUGCCCCAAGUCCUGUUUCAAUUGUAAGUUG